CGGCGCACGCCGUCCCCCUGCCUCGCGGCGCGGGGUCUCGCGGGCCCCGCUCCCGCCCUCCGCUUGCCUGGCCCGGACCGGAAGCGGCGCCGCACGGCCUGGGCCUGGCGCGGGGGGCGGGCACCGGGGCCCGGUCGGAUAUGGGCAAGAAGCACAAGAAGCACAAGUCGGACAAACACCUCUAUGAGGAGUAUGUAGAGAAGCCCUUGAAGCUGGUCCUCAAAGUGGGAGGGAACGAGGUCACCGAGCUCUCCACGGGCAGCUCGGGGCACGACUCAAGCCUCUUCGAAGACAAAAAUGAUCAUGAUAAACACAAGGACAGAAAGCGGAAAAAGCGAAAGAAAGGAGAGAAGCAGCUUCCAGGGGAAGAAAAGGGGAGAAAACGGAGACGAGUAAAGGAGGAUAAAAAGAAGCGAGAUCGGGACCGCGUGGAGAAUGAGGCAGAAAAAGACCUCCAGUGCCAGGCCCCUGUAAGAUUAGACUUGCCUCCUGAGAAGCCUCUUGCAAGCUCCUUAGCCAAACAAGAAGAAGUAGAACAGACACCCCUUCAAGAAGCUUUGAAUCAACUGAUGAGACAAUUACAGAGGAAAGACCCAAGUGCUUUCUUUUCAUUUCCUGUGACUGAUUUUAUUGCUCCCGGCUACUCCAUGAUCAUUAAGCACCCAAUGGAUUUUAGUACCAUGAAAGAAAAGAUUAAGAACAAUGAUUACCAGUCCAUAGAAGAACUAAAGGAUAACUUCAAACUAAUGUGUACUAAUGCUAUGAUUUACAACAAACCUGAGACCAUUUAUUAUAAAGCUGCAAAGAAGCUAUUGCACUCAGGGAUGAAAAUUCUUAGCCAGGAGAGAAUUCAGAGCCUGAAGCAGAGCAUAGAAUUCAUGGCAGACUUGCAGAAAAGUCGAAAGCAGAAAGAUAGAACAGACACCUCGCAGAGUGGGGAGGACAGCAGCUGCUGGCCGAGAGAAAGGGAAGACUCUGGAGAUACUGAAGCACAAGCCUUCAAGAGUCCCAAUAAGGAAAACAAAAAGAAAGACAAAGAUACACUUGAAGAUAAAUGUAAGAGCAAUACUAUAGAAAGAGAGCAGGAGCAGAUAGACCGCAUCGUUAAGGAAUCUGGAGGAAAGCUGACCAGGCGGCUUGUUAACAGCCAGUGUGAGUUCGAAAGGAGAAAACCAGACGGAACGACGACACUGGGGCUUCUCCAUCCUGUGGAUCCCAUUGUAGGAGAACCGGGCUACUGCCCUGUGAGACUGGGAAUGACAACUGGGAGGCUUCAAUCUGGAGUGAAUACUUUGCAGGGGUUCAAGGAAGACAAAAGGAACAAAGUCACUCCAGUGAUAUACUUGAAUUACGGGCCCUACAGUUCUUAUGCUCCACAUUAUGACUCCACAUUUGCGAAUAUUAGCAAGGAUGAUUCGGAUCUAAUCUAUUCAGCCUAUGGGGAAGACUCUGACCUUCCCAGUGAUUUCAGCAUCCAUGAGUUUUUGGCCACAUGCCAGGAUUAUCCUUAUGUGAUGGCGGACAGUUUACUGGAUGUUUUAACAAAAGGAGGCCAUUCUAGAACCCUGCAAGAGUUGGAGAUGUCAUCACCUGAAGACGACAGCCAGACUGGGAGCCUUGACUCCGAAAAAGAAAUGGAGCAGAUUACAGAAAUAGAGCCAGUGGGGCGUUUAGACUCCAGCAGUCGGGACCGGCUCACAGCACUGAAAGCAGUAACAAAUUUUGGUGCUCCUGUUGAAGUUUUUGACUCUGAGGAAGCUGAAAUGUUCCAGAGGAAACUUGAUGAGACGACCAGAUUGCUCCGAGAGCUCCAGGAAGCCCAGAACGAGCGUCUGAGCACCAGACCCCCUCCGAACAUGAUCUGUCUCCUGGGUCCAUCAUACAGGGAAAUGCAUCUCGCUGAACAGGUGACCAACAAUCUGAAAGAACUUGCACAGCAAGUCACUCCAGGCGACAUUGUCAGCACGUAUGGAGUUCGAAAAGCAAUGGGGAUUUCCAUCCCCUCCCCCAUCGUGGAAAACAACUUUGUAGAUUUAACAGAAGAUUUUGAAGAACUGAAAAAGACUGGGAUUGCCGAGUGUGGACCUGAUGGGAUUUGAAGCUCACUGGUAUUUCAUUAUAUAUUAUGUACAUAUUCUUUUUCAUUCUUAACUUGGAAGUGCUUUUCAGAAGAUAUUAAAUAUUUGUAAAUUGUGUUUUUAAUUAAACUUUGGAACAAUUAAUUUUAAUGUUCCAGAGAUUGGACUUGUAUUAGGUAAUAAAGCUGAGCCUGGGACUGUGA